GAAGCAAAGCAAAAAAAAAAAAAAACUCAAAAGGCGGUGGUGAGAGUGCGAGGAAGACAAAAAAAAAAGUUCUGACGGCAAAAAUGAUUUCCGCUAUCGGAAGUUUAGUGAAGGUCCUCUUCAAGAAUUUCGACGUCAUUGCUGGACCUGUGGUUAGCUUGGUCUACCCUCUAUACGCAUCAGUGAGGGCAAUAGAGUCGAGGACUCAUGGAGACGACAAGCAAUGGCUCACUUAUUGGGCUCUUUAUUCGCUUCUCAAACUCUUUGAACUCACUUUCUACAGAAUCAUAGAUUGGAUUCCAUUAUGGCCAUACGCCAAGCUUGCCCUAACUUGUUGGUUGGUGUUGCCUGGCAUGAGCGGUGCAGCUUAUGUCUACGAGAACUAUGUGCGCUCAUUCCUAUUAAGUCCACGUAGUGUUAACGUAUGGUACGUUCCAGCUAAGAAGGACGAAGAUGACUUAGCAGCAGCUGCUGGAAAAUUUACUCCCGGAAAUGAUUCCGGCGAGGCUCCUGAGAAGCGUGUUAGCUCGGUGGAUACAUCAGCCAAAUACGUUGGUCACUCGGCCUUUGAUGAUACUUAUGUCUACUAGUGAAACUACUACUUCAGGCUGGUUGUAGCUUUAAUAUGUGUGUCAUAUUAUACUUUGUUCCUUUUUUUUUCCCUUUUUGUUUCUGUUUUUUUUUGAAGUUGUUAUGAGCGGUCAAGACAUUAUAUUUUACUAUCAAAAUAAUAAUGUUUAUGCGUGAUAAUUAGUGGUGGGCUUUUUUUUUUCUUAAGUGUGGACUAGACCUAGUAUACGUUGAACGAGUUUAAGC